AUGUUGCCUGUAAAGGGUAUCAUCUUUAUCGGCUUGAAUGUCCUUCGGACGAUUAGCAUGAUCGCUCUGAUAUUGGUAUUCUCAUCAACAAUUUUACUGAUGGUAAACGAUUCAAAUACCUAUUACAGAUUGCGAAAUCAAGAUCUUCUACAAACAUCUCAAGAUGAAUGUGAUUAUUAUCCUGAAAGUGACGUUCCAACAACAACUUGGGGUAUGUUUUGGAUUCAAUUGGACAGAUUUUGGAUUUUAUGUUUAUGUAUAACGUGCUUCUUUUCAGAAUUUGGAAUCAAAUUUACUUCAAUGUUCUUUCACAAAUAUAUUCCUAUCCUUGGACCUUCUUUUGGAACGAUGCCUUUGGGUGUGAUUCAAGUCAUUAUCAGCUCUUCACUCUUGUCACAUUAUGUGAAAGGCUUUACAUUGGCUACACCUUGGUUGCUAUUCUUUGUCGGCUUACUCAAUACCGCUGCUGGGAUCGGAUUUGGUUAUCGAGGUAAAUUACGCAGAUCUCUCAAUCGAAGCAAACGUGAUUUGCAUGCCUUAAAGCAACAAAAAGAUCUCGAGAAAGCAGUCCCAUUCGGUACCGCAAUUCGAACAUUGGCCAACACAAGUAUAGAUGAAGCACACACUUUGAUGCUAACACACCAAAGAACAUCAAAGAGCGUUAAAUCGAAAUAUUCAAGACAUUCAGGUGAACAUGCUUCUUUACUUCAAGGUGGUGCAGCACCUUCUAUUCGACCUGUUCGAUCUGCUAAAGAUGCUUUCCCAAAUACAAGCGCCGAUGCUGCUUACGGUGCCGCUUUACAAGGCGAUCGAAUUGCAAAUCAACCAAAUCCUGGUAAUAUGUCUGUACAAAACGAACCAUUAUCAGCCAGUGAUGAUGAAGUGUUACGUUGGCGAGCAAGGCAGGACAAUUUGCGCGUUGAACGUGAACAAGAAACGAAGGAGAAUGGUACGCAAUCUUCCUUUUUCAGAGAUUUCCGAUAUGACUUGCAGAAUGAUAUGGCAAUCCCCGUCAGGACUCCAUCAGUGUUGGGCCCCAUGGAACCAACAUCCAAGCAAUGGCAAAGUCAAGCUGCACAAGCACAAGAUGAUGCUGUACAGAAAAAGCAAAAAUUCAAAAGGAGAACCUUGGUUUUGAGUAGAGUUGUUCAACAAGUUCGAAGGGGUAGUCUUGCAGCUUAUCAAGCCACAAAAUCUGCACAGAUGCGUAUGCCUGGAGCCUAUCGUACCAACCUGAAACCAAAAGAAAAGCCAACACCUUGGGUAGAAGUCGACUCUUCUAACAAACCCAAAGAUGACACCCUUCACCCUCCUGCACCGACAUAUAUACCCGGUCGACCCCAAAUGAUCAGUGUAGGCAAAGCCUCGGAAGACAAUCGAACGACUCGUUACCAUACCCCGAUCACUGACAAGUUCGCCAAUAUGCUCUAA